UCGGGUGACCCGUGCCUUAUUGUUCAAGAAACUGCAACUUUUUUUCUCAUUAAACACACUUCACUACUGAGUGCUGAAUUCAGCUCAAUUUGAACUUCCAUUUCUCUUUAUUUCAAAAAAGAAAAAGAAAAACUUCCAUUUCUCUACCCAGUUUUUCUCAUCGUUGUCUGCGGUGUUCAUCUCAUAUCUCCAGAUGUCUAUCUUCGAGUACAAUGGAAGCGCCCUAGUAGCAAUGGUGGGGAAAAAUUGCAUUGCGAUUGGUAGCGAUCGCAGAUUAGGUGUUCAACUUCAAACAAUUGCUACUGAUUUUCAGCGUAUUUUUCAAAUUCAUGAUCACCUCUUUAUUGGUUUAUCUGGUCUUGGUUCUGAUGCUCAGACUCUGUAUCAGAGGCUUGUGUUUCGUCACAAAUUGUAUAAGCUAAGGGAAGAAAGAGAUAUGAAGCCGGAAACAUUUGCUAAUCUAGUUUCAGCCAUUUUGUACGAGAAAAGGUUUGGACCAUACUUUUGUCAGCCAGUGAUAGCUGGAUUAAGUGAUGAAAACAAGCCAUUUAUUUGCACAAUGGAUUCUAUUGGAGCCAAGGAGCUUGCUAAAGAUUUUGUUGUUGCUGGUACUGCAUCAGAAUCUCUGUAUGGUGCUUGUGAAUCCAUGUACAAGCCUGACAUGGAACCUGAAGAGUUGUUCGAGACAGUCUCUCAGGCUUUGCAGGCAUCAGUGGACCGUGACUGUUUGAGUGGUUGGGGAGGGCAUGUCUAUCUAGUCCUGUAUGCUUGCCGAGGAAUUAUUAAUGUGGGAGAUGUGGUUACAGCCUGCGGAUUAAACUAUUAUUGAAAUAGUAACUGUAAAAGAUGGAGGUAGUGAACUGUUAUUAUAAGCAAUACAAAGACUACAAUUAGUAUCCGUAAAAGUAAUGGAUGGUGCCACAUGAUUGUGGAAAGAGAGAGAGAGAGAGCAGUCAGCCUAGAAACGCGUCUCAUUGUUUUGUUGAUUCAUCAAAGUAUUGAUGCUUGCCCUCAACACACUCUGUGGUUGUGUGCCAAUCAGCCUGAGCUCAAUGCUUGUUUAUGCUUUGCUCUUUCUCAUAUACUUGAUGGUCUUAUAAAAUAGAGAUUUAUAUCCAUUUGCUCCUUGAUGAUAUUUGCACUUUCAAAUUCUAUCUAUUACAAAUUCUUCUAUGCACAUUUACUUGCUUACUUUUUGAAUGAAGUUUUUCUUCAGUUAUCUCUCGACCAUUCAAUUGUUCUUUUUUCACUCCCUACCCUAAUUUACUUGUCUCCACAUCGAUCACUGUAGUAAAGGGGAAAUUUCAGUCUGAAGUCUCAUCAUGUGUCAUAAUUGUUUUAUUACCGCAACAGUCACCACCACACCAAUCUCUUAUUCUUAUUACUCCUUAGCAUCGCAGCCACCAUCAAUCUGAGGGAUUGGGAUUCACGGUAUAAUAUAUU